AUGCUGGGCGCUGAGCAAGUAAAAGAGAAGGAGAAAUCUCGGCCAGCAGAAAAUGCUCCACUGGUGACCCCAAAAGGGACAGCAUUGCAGAGGGUCAAAGAGGGAACUUCCCAGGAUCACCGGGAAGGGGGACGGUAUGAGACUCAGCGAAGGCCAGGGAGGUCCCAACGAAAACGUUCCCAGAAGACAGGCAGCCUUUGCGUGGAAAGCCACGAUGACCUCUAUGAACAACGAGUCCGAGAGGGGAGUCGCAAAGAUGGGACUCAGAAGCCACUCAAAGAUCAAGCAAGAACCUCCUCUCUUCACACCAGCAAGACAACCCAUGCAGCAGCAAAACCAUAUCAAUGCUCAAACUGUGGGAGAAGCUUCAAGUAUCACGGUCCGCUUGUUAUACAUGAGCGAACCCACACAGGGGAGAAACCCUAUGCAUGUUCAGUCUGUGGGAGAAGUUUCAGCUCUAGAUCAAACCUUUUUAGCCAUCAGAGGGUGCACACAGAAGAAAGACCCUAUAAAUGUUCCAAUUGUGGGAAAAGUUUUAAAGCUGCUAGAGCCCUCACAAAUCACAGAAAGGUCCACACUGGAGAGAAACCAUAUCCAUGUCCAAAGUGUGGGAAAAGGUUUGGUGAUAAGGGGCAUCUUCUCAGACACGCGAAAACCCACACUCAAGUGAAACCCUUCAAAUGCGCACACUGUGGAAAGGGCUUCAGAGAGCGAGAGCACCUUAUCGUUCAUGAGAGAAUCCACACGGGAGACAAACCUUAUAAAUGCUCAGACUGUGGGAGAAGCUUUAAUUGCCUGUCAAACUUCAAUAGGCACAAGAAAAUCCAUGGAGGAGAGAAACCGUAUAAGUGUUCAGAUUGUGGGAAAAGCUGGAGGAAUAAGGCAGACCUUACACUGCAUGAGAGAAUUCACACUGGUGAGAAACCUUACCACUGCACGGAGUGUGGGAAAAACUUUCGGUGCAGUUCAAGCUUUACAAUGCAUAAGAGAACCCACCGAGAAGACAAACCAUAUGAGUGCCUGGAAUCAUGUUUGGACAUGAAGGAAGAUGCCAGCAGGUGA